AUGAGGCAACCUCAGGGGUGGGCGACAACGAGUGUCCACUGCAAUGCCGUGCCUCACCGUGGAGUAGCACCUUUCCUGAUCAGUGCUUUGCCGGAAGAUGAGGACUACUUCCUCACGUACUUCUCCGUCGUCGCCAUCCACAGGGACGAGACAACAGGUUUCAAUUCGUUUCGCGCUUGCCAUUUGACUUCGCCGUCUCCGUCUCCGUCGCCGUCGUUCCGUCGUCAUGACCCGUCGUCGUCACCGCUCUUUCGUAAUGAAAUUCGAGCACGUUCUGUGCUCCUGGCUCAUGACUCUCCGGCAUCGCUCCGCUCUGCGAGGCGCCGUCAUCGUUUGUCAUUAUUAAUUUUACUGCACAGCGUCCCCCUGAUGCCGGAUUCGUCUUCGAUUCAGUCGUUGUCGUCGUUGAUGCUGCAGUUAUGGAGUUAA